AUGGCUGAGAAACAGCAGGUUUCCCAGAAUGUGCUGCGCUGUUAUGUUUGCUCUGAGACAUUUAAAGACCCUGUAUCUCUUGGCUGUAAUCACAGCUUUUGUAAAACAUGUCUUACUGAAUUCUGGGAACAAGUAAGGAACAGGAACUGUCCUAUCUGUAAAAGAAGGUCAUCUAAGGAGGAUCCAGUGAUUAAUUUCUCGUUGAAGGAACUGGCUGACUCCUUCACUGGACGCCUUCAACUGGAUAAAAACCCAGACGAGGGGAAGGAGAUGGUGUGUAGUAAACACACUAGAACACCAGUAUGGUUCUGUGUGGACGAGGACAGGGCUGUGUGUGACAACUGCCAAAACCCCACACAGCACGCUACACACAUAGUUAUACCCUUAGAGGAGGCUGUGCAGGACAUGAAGGGGAAGCUGAAGUCAAACUUGGAGAAAAUGCAGACAAAUCUGAAAAAAUGCACAGAUACUGAAACGGUCUAUAAGGACAUGGUGCAACAUACAAAACACCAGCUAGCUGCUACAGAGAGAAGCAUAAAGAAGGUAUUUGAGCAGCUCCAUCAGUUCCUGAGAGAGGAAGAGGCCAGACUGACUGCACUGAGGGAGGAAGAGGAGCAGAAGGGGAAGAUGAUUGGCCGAGAGAUGAAGACCCUUCAGGAGCAGAUUGAGACUUUAAAGGACUCAAUUCAACAUGUGGAGAAUGACCUGAAACAGACCAGCGUGCCCUUUCUCAAGGACUACCAGAGCACAAAGAGCAGAGCCCAGUGCACACUACAGGACCCACAGCUGCUAUCAGGGGCUCUGAUAGAUGUAGCCAAGCACCUGGGCAACCUCAAGUUCAGCGUCUGUGAGAAGAUAGUGGAGACUGUAGAGUACCACCCUGUAAUCCUCGACCCCAACACUGAACAUAUUUACCACAUUCUUUCUGAAGACCUGGCAAGUGUGAGAGAGAUGAAAAACAAACAGCGGGAGCUGGACAACCCAGAGCGCUUUAUGAAGUAUGCAAGGGUGCUGGGCUCUGAGGGCUUCACCUCAGGAAAGCACUGCUGGGAGGUGCAGGUGGGGGACAGGAGCAAGUGGAGUUUGGGUGUAGCCAAGGAGUCUGUGGAGAGGAAGGGAAAGACAUUCUUACAUCCUGAAGAUGGGAUCUGGACAGUAUGGAAGAGAGAUGAUACAUAUAACGCAAGUUCUAAGACCCUCUCCCUGAAGACUGCACCUCAGAGGGUCAGAGUGCAGCUGGACUAUGAGAGAGGAGAGGUGUCCUUCUACGACCCCAGUGACAUGUCCCACAUUUACACUUACAAGCACUCUUUCAAGGACAAGCUGUUCCCAUAUUUUAGCACUGGUGGUGAUGAAGGUGAAACGAGUCUUCAGAUCUGCCCCUUUAAGGUAUCCCUAACUGUAAAAAGUCUUUGAAUAAUUGUACAAUGUGCAAAGUUAAACUGUUUAUGGUCUGAUGAUUAAGUUAAACCUGAAUAAGCCAAUGGCAAACAUGUUGGAGCUUCAUUUAAACUUGCUAAACAAUCUGUACUUGGUACUAUGCUAGCACCUGUACUUGUACCUGUAGUUUUGUCAUUCUGGAGACUGGACUAUUUAACUAAGUAAUGACCAAGCGUAAACUUUACAUCCAGCCACCACUGCUAAAAGUGACUACAACCAGUUGCUCCGUUGCUCAUAUGGACGUGUCUUCAUCCACACAGAAGUGUUUUAAUGCCCCACACCACAGCGCUGUUAUUCAGUUUGAGUGGUUCUUUGAUCGUCUCAGCAAGUUCCUUCAAGGAGAAAAUGUACACACAUGUUUACAUUACAUUACAGAUGGCAUUUACAAUUUUUAACCGAAGCGACUUACAACAUGGUAUACAACAUUUUUUUUAAGCUUUUAAGAGCAAUUCUAACAACAAUUUUACAACAAACCACAAUCAUUUUCUCUCUGUCCACUCACUGGAAGGCGGGUUUUAAUGACUUGGCACAACUUGGUACUGAACUAGAUGACCCUGUGCUGUGCAGACAAAUGUGAGUCGGAUCAUAAAGACCAGAACACUGGGCGGAGAGACCAUCCGUAAAAACACUAUCCACAGAAGCACUGAAGCACCAGCAGAAGAGAGAUAUCCUUACCCCACCUGCCUAGUAUCUCUCAUUGAUGCACCAGGGCACAUUCUCAGUGAUGUUUGGCCUACUGGGGUCAUCAGGUGUUUAGGCUCUUCCAGCAGUCAUACUCUCACCCAGGUGACCCAGCCAGGUGACCCACCCAAGUGACCCAGCCAGGGCUGACCAAGCAUUCACACUCUCACCCAAGUGACCCAGCCAGGUGACCCGGCCAGGGCUGACCAAGCAGCAGGUCUGUCCUCUCCUGAUCCACAGCUGUUCUGAAGCAACCUAUUGCCUCCUUGUAGUUGAAAUCAAUAUUAUGAUACCUCUGGACUAAUGCAACUGUCAAGAUAUGGAUGUGUUGGUUCAACUAUGUCAAUUUUUGUAAGAAUAAUCAGAAUAAUGGGUUGAUCAUGUU